AUGGCUGAACUCGUUUACGUAGUUCCUCCUUACCUUCUCAAUACAUGCGUGGGACUCGAUCUUCAGCGGGAAGUGGCGGCAAUCGAUGCCAAUUUGGCGGCAAGGAAUGUGUUCUCGCCUCUGAAACAGGUACACUUUAGACAACCCAGCGACAUUGAAACUUCAAAACACGGUUUUUGCAACGAUCCGACGGUCAACAGUAUGAUCAAGGAGAAACUCAUGGAUAAGUUUGCUGUGUUGGGCAUGCUAGGUCUGUCUCCGGCCGACAAAGUCCCUGACGACUACUUGUAUGAAUUGUAUGAGAUCUUCAAGGAAAGACUUAGUAUGGCACAGGAAAACGGGUCGUCCAAUGAGGCUAAUAUGACUGGAAACUCACGAAAUGCCACUCCUGAUCACUCUACCAAUGGGCUGGGUGAUGCUGUGCACAAAAAAUCGGCGUUUUGGUCGUCAAAGCUUGGGGAAGUCACGUUCGGGCCCCUGUUCUUGGGCAAUAUCAACUCGUGCUUGUCCAAUUACUCUUUGGAAGCGCUAAUAAAUUGGGCAAAGGAGAGCUCUGAACACAAAUACUCGUUUUUUCCUUCAUUGAUGGUGGGACAGCAGUCGUUUCUUUCUCCCUUGCCAAUGUACUGGACACCACUCUCCGUUGAUAAGCAUUUAGAGCAUUUGGAAAAGAAUUUGGCUAUGGAGAUCGACACCUCCACGGGGUACUCCUUGCUAAAAUUUAAGCUACAGCGUGAUAGACUACCCUUGGAGGACCUCUACCGUAAGAAACGCUACUUCAACUUCCUUGCUAACAAUGACGUGCAAGAGAAAUGUGGCAUUUAUUACUAUGAGGUGCUGGUGGAUCAGAUUGCCACUGCAGCUUCAGAUUAUAAGCCGUUAAUAUGUCUUAAUGGCUCACUGUUGGCCGCUGGUUCAUCCUUGCUCUUCACCCUUGGAUACACAAAGCGCAAAGUUCGUUUCGACAAGAUGCCUACCAACACAACCACCGGGAUAAACCACCAGAGUUUGGAUUUGAAAGAUGUACAAAGCAAGAUCUCAUAUUAUAACCAAAAUGUUUACAACAAAAGGAUCGAUGACGAUACCCUCACUUUUCUCGGGGCUGAGCCUGGAGUGUCUUUCGAAGGCAGCUUUGCUGUUAAUUUCAAUAACACGUGCUCAUAUGCAUCCAUUAAACACGGAGACAGCACUUACAGAACGUCUUCGUUAAAUACCAACAGAAGGUUUUCGCAAUUCAAUAGACAGACCCCAGCCGACCAAGAUACAAGCAAGAUUGACGUUGAAGUACCCUUCAGUGUUCACUCCAGCAGCAAUGACAGAGUAAAGAAACGCUACAAGACAGACAUAGUUGGCUGUGGUGUGAAUUUUAUCAAUAAAACGCUUUUCAUCACAUUGAAUGGCAUCAUUGUCAAAGAAAUCACUGCAAAAGAGAUGAUCGAAUCCAACAGACACAAAGAUAGCAUCUUCGAGCAUGAUAUGAAAAUGGGCUCUUUAUUCCCUAUGAUAGGCUUUCAGCUCUCAGAGCUUCCUAAGGAGCUCGCCGAAGGAGAACUUCCCGAGACAGUUGUGAGAACUAACUUUGGAUUGAAGGAGUUUGAGUUCAAUAUCAAUCGCUACGUUCAAAAGUUCACCGAGAUGCAAGCUGAGGAGCUUUCAAGUAAGCUUGUUGAAGAGGGCCAAUCAGGCCCAGAUUUGACGUUCGCCAAUGACCACUCGUUUGAGAAAGCCGUUUCUGACAUCCGAAAUGAUCCAGAGGUAUUGAACGAAUUCAUAAAGGGGUAUUUGAUUCAACAUGGAUAUUUGGAAACACUACAAGCUUUUAAUUCAGAUAUUCAGGACCUCACAUCCCAUACACGAGACGAUGUGCCAAUGGAAAUGAAUGGCCAACAGGACACUCUUGUGGAAGAAUCGCACGCUGUCGAAAGGCAAAAGAUCCGAAAGAUGAUAAGCGAGCACUACUUUUUACAGGCAGCUGAAUUUCUCGCUCAAACCUAUCCUAAUCUCAAAUCAUUAGACCAAUUUUUGUUCGAUUUACGCUUUCAGCACUAUGUUUCACUUGUGAAAAAAUACCUCAACCUAAAAUAUGGUCAUGAGUUCAAUUUCAGUUCGGGAGAAAUGUCGGAAGAAGAACUCUUGAAGGCCAUUGUCAAAUAUGGAGAAAUGUUAUCUAAGCUGGCCUCAGGUAACGCUGCCGUAGAAGCGAGAAUUGCAAAGUUUUCAGGAGUUGUUUUAAUACAAAACAGAGAGCAGUUGAGCGAAAUGCCAUUAGCUCAAAAACAGCUUGACUCUCAGGAUAAUGAAGUGGAAAAACUAGCAGGGAGGCUUAAUGCUGCGAUACUAGAGCUGCUCAACUUUGAAAAGGUUUCUAAAUUAGAACACUUGAUACAAAGUGCUGGCAACAAUAUCAACAGUCUUUGCGCCGAGAAUGACAAUACUUACAAGCUUGUGAAUUACGAGCAUCAGUAUAUUGACAUCUAG